UGUCUGUAUAAAUAGUGUAGUUCAAGCUCAAUUUUGAUUUUAAAACAACUUGGUUAACUUAACUGAAUCGCUUACUAGCUAGCUCAUAAGUGUAAUGUUACUUUUGAAGUAGCUAGCUAGCGUUUGGUGUCGUUAGCUAACAUUAUUGGUGGAAAAGAAAGUUUCCGUGUAAUCUGGCAAAUGGACGCUUGACAUUACCCUAUUUGAAAACACGCUCAUCUCCAACCACAAUUUGGGUGUACUCCUCAGUAUCUACUUGGGAAUUCGGCCAUGAGCUUUUUGCAGAAAGAUGAGUUUUGUACUGGAAGGCCUCUUGGACGUAUGUCAAAAUCAAAUGUCCAUGGACUCGCUAAGUUAGCUGAUGUUGGCUACUAACAAGUUUCAGUAAUUACGACGUUAUUAAUGAACGGUCGUCCUGUCUGGGCCAUGCAUUCGGCAUGUUUCUGUAUUCUCUGUUUGGUUAUAAAGAUAAGAUAGAUGACUAUGGUGGCAAUUCUGGGCAGUUACUAGCUAGCAGAAACGCACCCUGCUACAUGAUCUGCAUUAGCUAGCUAGCAACGUUUCCAAGCUCUGUCGACGUUUACGCACAGUUCAGGGAUCACACCGGCGAGCAUUUAGACAGCUUUCUGUUUGGGGAAAGGACGCUUUAUAUUACCGUUUUCUACUACAGUCAUCCCUGAAGGAAAACAUGAUGUGUGUUAUGGCUUUGGUGGGCCGAAUAUCGAUUCUCGCCACUGGACUUUGCGCCAUGGUCCUGCUGAGCCCCGUUGCUGCGGCCCAGAGUGAGGAGCGUGAGUGUGCAUUUGCGGAGAAGCAUGAGGACGUGGCGGGUCGCAUCGGGGGCCCAGAAGGCCGCGUCUUCCUGGACAACUCCACCAUCCGCUGCAACCCCGGGGGCAUGUGCUACGGCCUGUGGCAGCGCAACCAGCACGGCCUGCGCCUCGUCAAACAAGGCUGCUGGACUCAGAACAACGAGCACUCGGACUGCGAUGAUGACCACUGCCUGGUGACGUCUGCCCAGUCCCCCAUGCAGAACGCCAGCUUCAGGUUCUGCUGCUGCAACCGGGACAUGUGCAACCUCAACUUCACGGAGGACUUCCCAGAGCCCACGCCCACCACCGUACAGCCCCUACUGUCUCGGCGGCUGUAUAAGGAGGAGGCGGUGGUCAUCGCCCUGGCGACGGUGUCCGUGGUGGCGGUCUUCGUGGUGCUGCUCUUCUUUGGCUACCGCGUACUGAGGGGUGAUCGUAAGCAUGGUCUGCAUAACUUGGACAUGCUGGAGGCAGCCGUCUCUCAGCCCUCACUAGACCUCGACAGCCUUAAACUACUGGAGCUGAUUGGUCGAGGGCGUUACGGGGCGGUGUACCGCGGCUCCCUGGACGAGCGGCCCGUGGCGGUGAAGCUCUUCUCCUCGGCCAAUCGGCAGCCGUUCACCAACGAGCGGGCCAUCUACCGGCUCCCGUUGGACCACGAGAACGCGGCUCGCUUCCUGGAGAGCGAGGAGAGACUGGGGGCCGACGGCCGGCCAGAGUUCCUGCUACUGCUGGAGUACUAUCCUCACGGCUCCCUGUGCCGCUACCUGAGUGGUUGUGUGGUGGACUGGAUGGGCUGCUGUAGACUGGUGCACUCAGUCACGCGAGGCCUGGCCUACCUACACACAGAGAUCGUCAAAGGAGACAUGUAUAAGCCGGCGAUAUCCCAUCGGGACCUGAACAGCCGUAACGUGCUGGUGAAGGGGGACGGCACCUGCGUCAUCAGCGACUUCGGCCUGGCCAUGAAGCUGACGGGCAACCGGCCCCUACCACGAGGGGAAGAGGAGAACACAGCCAUCAGUGAGGUGGGCACGGUGCGCUACAUGGCUCCAGAGGUGCUGGAGGGGGCGGUGAACCUGCGGGACUGUGAGGCGGCGCUCAAGCAGGUGGACGUGUACGCUCUGGGUCUACUGUACUGGGAGAGCUUCAUGCGCUGCUCAGACCUCUUCCCAGGUGAGACGGUUCCUGAGUUCCAGAUGGCCUUCCAGGCGGAGGCGGGUCCCCACCCCUCCUUUGAGGACAUGCAGGUGCUGGUCAGCCGGGAGAAGCAGAGGCCCAAGUUCCCCGAAGCCUGGAAGGAGAACAGCCUGGCGGUGCGUUCCCUGAAAGAGACGAUGGAGGACUGUUGGGAUCAGGAUGCGGAGGCGCGCCUGACGGCCCAGUGUGCGGAGGAGCGCAUGGCAGAGCUGCUGCUCAUCUGGGACCGCGACAAGAGCGUCAGCCCCACCCUCAACCCCACCAGCACCGCCCUGCACAACCACAGGAACCUGUCUAAUGUUCGCCGGACACCCAAAGUGGGCCCUUACUCCUCGGAUCUCUCCUCCUCCUCCUACAUCGAGGACCCCGAGGGGCGCCCCAAAACCACCGGGGGCCCCGGGGACGCCUCGUCCUCCUCUGGCCCAGCAUCGCACACCGCUGGUGGGGUCGGCGGAGUCGGUGGCAUGGGGGGUGUGGUGGUCGUGGAGAAGAACCGCAACUGCAUCAACUACGAGUGGCAGCAGCAGCAACAGCAGAACCACCAGCUGCAGCAGCCCCGCCUGCCCAGCCCCGAGAGCAGUGGAGCCAGCCUGUCCACCACCACCACCGGCCUGACCGUCACCCCAGGUUCCGAGCCCCCAGCCCUGGGCUCCACCUCCUCCACUGGCAUGGGGGGCUCCCUCAUCCAUCCACACCUCCUGCAGCACCCACACCACCAACACCCGCACCCCCAUCAUCACCUGCACCAGGCGCACCACUGUCCCGUGCUGACCCAGGAGGACCUGGAGACGCCCAAGCUGGACCCGAGCGAGGUGGAGCGGAACCUGCGGGAGAGUUCCGACGAGAGCCUGAUGGAGACGUCCCAGAAGCAGUUCUGCGCGCCGGACGCCCUGAGCUCCGGAUCGCACGGCCUGCUGUACCCGCUAAUCAAGAUGGCCGCCGAAGUCACGGGAGGAAGCUUGUCGUCGUCGUCAUCGGCGACGUCUUCGUCACUGUCACACCUGCACCAUCUGCAUCAUCCUCAGAACCAUCACGGCGGAGGAGGUGGGAGUAGCGGCGGCGCGGAUGGAGGUCAGAGUUCGGGGCCGCACCCGUUGCCCAAGCAACAGAACCUGCCCAAGAGGCCCAGCAGCCUGCCGCUGCACGCAAAGUCCUCUGGGAAGGAUUCCUCGUCGUCUUCGUCCUCGUCCUCCUCCUCGCUGCGGCUGAAGUUCGGCAAGCAGGGCAAGUCCAACCUGCGGCAGGUGGAGACGGGCGUGGCCAAGGCCAACGCGGUCGUCACGGCGGCAGAACCGCGCCUGGUGACCGUCGCUAACAACAUACCCGUGGUGGUCGACAACACGGCCAUCGCGAGCGGGUCGGGCGUCGGCGCCGCUAGCGGUAGCAGCAGCAGCACCAGCAACGGGGCAGUUGUUGGGGCGGUCGGAGGACGUCACAACCACGUUAAAGGUCCGGCGAGUUCGGAGGACCUCAGCUUCGGCUUGCUAGCGGCCAGCCCCGACGAGCAGGAGCCUCUUCUGAGGCGCGAAGCCCGGCCCAACAACGCCAACAACAACAACAGCAACAACAACAACGGCGAGAGCGAGGGGGAGGGGGACGACGACGGCAUGGGGGAGGCCACGGAUAACGCAGCGCUGCCCCCUACUGGCACGGAGGCCCCCAACGCCCCCAACAACACCACUACCACCGCCACCACUAACACCAACACCAACACCAACACCAACAGCAGCUCCGACACGGCCCCUCAUGGUAACUCUGGAGUCCCCCAGGAGCGAGGAGAGAGCACGGCGGCCACCCCGCCCCGCAUGGAGGCCUUGCUGAGGCAGCACAAGGGAGGGCGCCGACCUGAACGGCCCAACUCACUGGACCUCUCCAUCACCACACUCACCUCCACAAUGGAAGGCAUGGGCAGAGACAACAAGGACGGCUUGGGCGGCUCCGGCGAGAAGAUCAAGAAGCGUGUCAAGACGCCCUACGCUCUGAAGCGCUGGCGGCCCUCCACCUGGGUCAUCUCCACGGAUACGCUGGACGCGGAGGUCAACAACAACACGGGCGGCGGCGUAGGGGUCACAUCCCGGGGCGUCAACCACAACAGCGCCCCAAAACAGCGCCCCAAAUCCACCACCGCCAUCUACCUGGGUAGCCGCGGGGGCACUAUGACCUCUGCCUACGGCCCCGACCCUAACGACCUGUCCAGGGUCUGAACUCAUGACCGUUCCCCCAAAAUAUACAACAGAAGACCUACCGCUCCCCCAACCCUACCUUACUUACCUACCCGUAAUGUUACUUACCCAUGCAUACCUGGGCAGCCGCGCUGGCACCGUGUCCUUGUGGAAACUUAACGAUCUGUCCAGGGUCUGAACUCACUAUCCCCCCAUAUGUACAACAGAAGAUCCACCAUACCCGAAACCCAACCAGACUUACCCUUCCAUAACGUAACUUACCCACUCUUACCUGGGCAGCCAUGGUGGCACUAGGACCUCUGCCAAGGAGCCCGGCCCGAACAACCUGUCCAGGGUCUGAACCCAUGACCUUUCAUGACCUUUCCCCUCAAUAUAUGACAGACGACCCCUCCUCACCAUCCCACCCCCUCACCCGGACCCCAAUCUUAUUCACCCACCAUAGCCAUGACCUCUCCAUUUAAUCAAUAUAGAGCACUCACAUUUUCCAAAACCCUAACCCGAUAUACAAUACAACCCCCAUACCCAUAGCCCAUAGUGCUGCAUACCCUCUACCCCUGUCCUCUCAGCCCAUUUCCUAACAUGCAAUUUCUCCCAAGUUCCUAAUUUAACCAAUUAAGAGUAUAUGACACCCCCUACUCCACACCUCCUACUCCACCUUCCACUCUUUACAUCACUUUCCCGCUCAACUCACAUGCCGCCUCAAGGACCUCUGCAACCAUAUACUCUACAUUGUUUCCCAGACCCAGUGACCUGUCGAGGGUGUAAAGCUAAACCAGACCACAACCAUGACCCGCC